AUGUACGUACUGUACACCUCGGGCAGCACCGGCCACCCGAAAGGCGUCAUCGGCUCGUACGCCGCCACGUGGCAUCGGCUCGCGUGGAUGUGGUCGACCGUCCCGUUCGCACGUGGCGAGCGCGUGCUGCGGCACACGGCGCUCACGUUCGUCGACGCCAUCGCCGAGGUCUUUGGCACGCUCUGCGCCGGCGCGACGCUCGUCCUGCCCUCGUCGUAUUCGUAUUUGUCCUUUGCGCCGCCGGUAGUGGCCGACCUUUCGGGCUUUGCGCGCUCGCUGCACCUCUUGAACGUGACUCGAAUGACGCUGGUGCCGAGCGUGUUGCAGCUCCUCUUGCAAACGAACUCGCUUUCGCCCUCCCUGCGCUACGUGGUCGUCAGCGGCGAGCCGCUGCACGCCGAUCUGAUCGUAGCUCUCUUUGCCGCACUGCCGUAUGUGCAGCUACUGCACCUCUACGGUAGCACCGAGGUCGCGGGCGAUGCGACGUUUUGGCUCACUACGACGACGGCGGCCCCCGUGCCCAUUGGCACCGCCAUCGGCGCGACCAAGCUACGGCUCGUGGACGCAGAGGGGGCUGAAAUCGCAAGCGACGAGACGCGUGGUGAACUCUACAUCGGUGGACCGCCCCUUGCGCGUGGCUACGUCAAUCCGUACGACUAUCGAUGCCAUCUCUCCCACCGCUUUUGCAUGCUCCAUGGCGAGCGCUGGUUCAAGACGGGCGAUGUCGCCUACUGGUCCAAUGGCCUUUUGUUCCUCUGCGGUCGGAGCCACGGCGGGUAUGUCAAAGUGAGUGGCGUGCAGGUGCACGUGGCCGCGAUCGAGACCACGGUGCGAAUGUACCUCAGUCAACACCACCGGAAAUGGAAGGUGGCACUGGCCCCGGUCGCUUCGUCGGAGGGCUGGCAUCAGUACGACACCCUCGUCGUCUGCGUCGGCAUGGAUGAAGGAGACAACGUGGACGUCGAUGCAUUGUGCCACGCCGUCGAGAGGGUGCACCCGCGUGUGGCCAUGCACGUGCUCACGGUGCCGAUCGCUCGCUUUCCAGAGACGUCGAGCGGCAAGGCAGAUCCGUCCCAGAUCCCCGCGCUGUUUGCGCUGCGGUCGUUGCCGUCGUGGCUGCGCGCGUUGCUGCCGCGUACUCGUGGCCUUGCCUCGACCCGGUUGGAUCCGUCAACGACCUUGACCGAGCUCGGCCUCAACUCGAUGGCGAUGGCCAUCGUCCUCCACACGCUGCAGUCGCAGCACGAGAUGACGCUGCGUCCGAUCGAGCUGGCAGACAUGACCGUCGCCGACCUGCAGGCGCUCGUGCAGCGCAAGCGGCCUCGUGCCAUGUCGCCCGCGGCGGCGACGAAGCGAGCGCGCGUGACGCCGCGAAUGGAGGCCGUGCGGUGGCGCGUGCGUGCCCACAAGUGCAUUGACGCGUCCCCGCGGCUCGCAACGACCGACGUCGGCGAGUACAUCAUCGUGGGGUCCCAUGACCAUACCGUUCUCUGCGUUGCCGCCGUGGACGGACACGUCGUGUGGCGGAAAGAGCUGCCGGAUCGCGUCGAGUCGAGCGCUGCCGUGGCCAAGAAUAUGGUCGUUGUCGGCUGCUACGACGGCGGCGUCUACUGCCUCGACGUCCUCUCCGGCAGCACACUGUGGGUCUACUUCACACAGGACCAAGUCAAGUGCUCGCCGGUCAUCGUCGAAGAAGAGAAUGCCGUCGUUGUCGGGUCCCACGACCACCAUCUGUAUGGGCUCGCGCUCACCUCGGGCGCGUGUCUGUUCAAGCUGCCGUUCACCAAGAGUGUUUUCUCCAGCCCCGUGUACGCUGCGACGGUGUUGUACUGCGCGUCUCUUGCCGGCGAAGUCCGCGCCUAUGCGUGGUCAUCGCUGUGCCACGACGCGCCGACGCCGCUGUGGCAACACACGUGUCCAGCCCCUGUCUUUUGCAGCUUGCGCCUCAGCGUGCGUCAGAAUGUGCUGCUGGUCGGGUGCGCCGACGCCUCUCUCUACGCGCUCUCGACGACGACGGGGACGCCGCGAUGGUCCGCGGCGACGACCAAGCCCAUCUUUAGCGCGCCCCGUAUCGCGACACUGAGUAGUGGCAACGAGGUGGCUCUCUUCGGCUCGCACGAUGGCGUGGUGCGGUGUGUGUCGACUACUGACGGUGUCACGCUGGCCUCGGUGGACCUCGGAUGCACCAUUUACGCGUCGCCCGCGAUCCUUUCGGAUCACAAGACGACGCUGCGGACAUGUGUCUGCACAACGGACGGGCACGUCUACCUCUGGGAGCCCGAAGCGCCAUCGCUUUCUGCGACGCUGCUCUAUCAAGGCGCUGGUGACAUCUUCUCGUCGCCCCUGGUGCUCAUGGACGAGAGCACGAUUGUGGUUGGGACGCGCGGCGACGUGCUCGUAGCGCUGCAUGUGCCCGAGAGUGACGCAUCGUCGUCGACCAUGACACAAUAG